AUGUGCCCAAGGCAAGAGCUUUGCAAGCCUGUCACAACAAGAACAACUUCACCCCCAAACCACUUCUUUGACCCUCAGGACAAAUUCUCUUCUGGGUUUGACCACCUCUGUGGGGGCUUGAAGGCCUACGUGAGCUGCCACUUCCCCGCAGGGAACUUCUGUGUGUUCAGAAAAAGCCUGGGCAAGAGGCAGAUACACUACUUUAAAGAUGCCAACCUCCAUGUAACUGUCAGCAAGUCUGUGAGUGAGACUCCAAAUGGGAUAGACCAAAGUCAGUUUGCCACAGGUUUUAUGAAAUUUGUGAAAGUUGAAGUCACCAAGUUUCAUAUUGCCAUUCUGGAAAACAUUCAAGUUUUUCAGAAAGUAUAUAGGAGAAAAAUCUGCAGAAAACUCCCUGUUACUCACGCUUUUAUGAACUGGAGUAAACUGUUGAAUGAUCAGCAUCUGAAUACCAGUGUCUCCCAUACAGAAGUGCCCCCAUGCUUACUAAACACACUAUUUAAUAUGUUGGCCCAAAUAA